UUUUAACGUAGGCAAGGUAGCAGAUGAUUACCAUCGAUUGCCCAUGCACAAAGUUUCCAGGCUUUUAAAUAGAAGAGAGAGCCUCCCUCCAACUUCGCGUAACUUUUUCUUACUCACCUGCCGCUCACCUUCAAGCCAGAUCACUUGCAUCCAGCUCGUUCUCAAGCCACGCAGCCCCAAGGACAUUGCCACACAGCAUUGGGAAGACCUCAAUCCCACACACAAGCCAAUUACAUCUGGACCCCCGCUGCCGACAACUCCUAGCCUUCACAGACAAACAAUGGCAAUCCUUUCCUUCCUCACCGUCCUCACGGCGGCCCUUCCCCUCGCCAACGCCCACUUCGGCCUUGAGUACCCGCCAUGGCGCUUCAACACCCUGGCGGGCGACGCGCCGGCCAGCUACAGCCAGUGGAACUAUCCAUGCGCCGGCGUCCCCUCCAACGUGACCGGCAACAACGUGACUGACUGGCCUCUGGACGGCGGCUCGCUCGUCCUCGACCUGCACCACCCUUGGACUUACCUCUUUGUCAAUCUGGGCGUUCAGAUCAAUCCGGGCUCGACCGUCUCCAACUUCAACAUGUCGCUCUCGGGCCAGACCUUUUGGAACGUGACGGGCAACGGCACCCUCUGCAUAGAGAAGCUGCAGCUGCCCGACGGCUUCAAGCCCAAGGACGGCGACCGCGCCAGCAUCCAGGUCGUCACCACCGACAGCGGUUCGGCCUUGUACAACUGCGCCGACAUCACCUUCAGGGCCAACGCCACCAAGCUGUCGGGUGACAAGUGCAAGUCCUCCGACAAUGUCAAGGCCUACCAGGUCCAGUCCGGCCCCUCCAGCAGCAGCAACGGCAACGGUGGUAGCAGCACCACCCCCAGCCAGCCCAGCAGCACUGGCGGUGUCGCUGCAAAUGCCGUCAGCACUCCGGUUCUGACUUCAGUGGUCGGCUUGGCUGUUUUCUUUGCCUACAGCAUGGCCUUGUAAUUGGAGACAGCGGGAGUCGUGAUGAAAGUUAUGAUGAAUGCGGUUUGUAGGCGCAAGUGUGUUGAGCUGUACAACACGUACAUAGCAGCAGUUGACGUUUUAAUUUAAUUCUACAGAGCUCAGCCCUGUUUCACAUAGACUAAUUGCUCUUGUUCUUGCAUUGUACAUAGCGAAGCCUUGGGGGACGGUUGUAAGCAAGAAGGAGAACUGCUUUUACUUCCAUCUUCACAAUAGGAAACAGUAGGAGACUGCCAAAAGCCAGACAAAUUGAGUGAUGCAAGGGUGUGUGAUAUUAUGCUUAAUGCGUACAGGUUUGGUGUGAGGAGUAGAAAAAUAAUAUAGGUACGUAUGGUGUGGUGUGGUUAUGAGAUGAGAAGGAUGCGCGUGUUUGGAGCAGAGAAACAACAGCAGGAGAAAUCGUGAAAUGCAAUCCAUCCCGAAGACAAGGAUGGUAUGAGAAAGGAUUUGAAACCCCAAGAAAAUCCAGAAAAUAUAUAUGUCGCCCGCAGAAACAGUCGUCCGCCUGUAGCAAAUAGGUAUAUGCGCAAAAGAGAAACGCGUAUGAAAUGGAAGCAAUUGAAUCACCCCUCAGGGGCCGCAGAUGCAAGUUAAGCCAAACAGUAAAAAGCCAUUUCUAUAUCUCGUUUGAAUCAUCCAUCGAAUGUCCAUUCCUUCAUUUGGAGCCAGCUUCGCUCUGUCGUUGUUGUUGCUCAGCAUAGAGGUCUGCAAUGAGCUUCCUCAUAGUGAUACGUUGUGCCGGGUUGGGAACCAGCAUCUUGGCGACCAAGAGCUCCACAACAUCGUCGGUGUUCAGCCGCUCCUUUGCCUCGUUGACCUCGCCUAACCAGCACUGCAUCUUUGCAACCGCAUUCAUUGGCUGUUGGUGUUGUUGUUGCAUGGGUGGACCUCUGCCGACUUGGGCUGGAAGGAUUUGGCGUGCGCCUUGAGGCCUGUUCAGGUCGGCAAUCUGCCAGUGCAGAGGCCUCUGAUUGGGCCUUACACUCCCGCGGGAAUCGGGCAGUGGAAGUUUUUUCAGAGCGUACAACAUGGUGACGCCAAGAGCCCAGACAUCACCGGCAGGGCCACGAAGCUUCUGCCCUAGGAAUUCGGGUGGAACGUAGUAGGGUGUACCGGCUGCGUUGCCCGGGCUUCGUGUUGGUGUCGAUAGCCCCAUGUCAAUCAGCACAGCUCCACGUUCUCGCGAGUAGAGUAUGUUUGCUGGCUUGACAUCAUUGUGGGUGCGGUUUCGAGAGUGCAUGUAAUUGAGCGCCCGACCAAUAUCGAUCAAAAUUUGUCGGGCAUCAUCGCGGGUACCGACGAAGAAAUCGUUGUUCAAUCCACGCCAUUUCCCUUUUUGCUGUAAAUCAGGUGCUGGCACGUGCUCCAUGUACAAUGAAAGGAAGCGCGCGUCACCGCCGUAGAGCUUGGGGAUCUUUGGAUGGUGAAGGGGUUCCUGAGCUUGAAACUCGCGCUGCCAUAUGUCUGCCUGACGGAUCAGGGUCCUCUCGUUGUCUUGUGGCCGUACCUGUCCGUUCGGUGACGGCGGCGGACGGGUCUUGAGCACUUUCACCGUGAUCACGGAAUCCCCUGGGACAUCUGGAUGAUCGUCGACCACGCCUCUGAAAACGCUGGAAAGUGCUGUCGAUGCGAUGGGAUCCAUUUUUGUGAUUUGAUACGUAUCCAACUCGCAGCCACCAGGAAUGUCGACCGUGUCACCCUCUUCUAUGUCCAACAACGGGUGGCCGUCGAAAGGAAUCAACUCUCGUCUGCUUGAAGCAGCGGGAAGCGGGAAUACGAGUUUAUCGGCCUUGGAUGGGAGAAAUUCGAUAACUCCGUCCUGGUUCUUUGGAGAUGUCGGGUUGGCUCGAAUGCGCCUCGCUUCCGGCCCAAGCGGUGUCUCUUCGUCCUCGUUCAGGGAUCGCUUGCCGGAAGAGUUGAUCAUCUCGCUGAGAGAUGACCCGGACGACGAUAAUGACGGGAGACGGAGAGUAGCGGGCCUCUUUUCAAGAAUCCUAAAGUCCAGCACAUCAACAUCUUCGACCCCAAUUCUCCAGGUGCCUGGGGGCAGAGCCCUCACGUCUUCGGGCAAGACGAGGUACUCUAUUCCUGGGC